AUGAGCUCCUCCAUCGAAUCUACGGACACCGCCAUCGGGAACUCCGUCACCAAAGUCUUCGGCAUCACUGAGCUGCUCGAGCAGGUACUGGUCAAAGUCGACUUCAAGACUCUUCUGCUGUCGCAGCGAGUGAACCACAUGUUCGAACAAGUCAUCAAGGGCAGCAAGAUGCUACAGAAGAAAUUGUGCUUUCUCCCGGUCGAUUCAUUCGAGGAGGCACUGGCACUGGGCUUUGCGGAAGAGGGGGGUGUUCUCUUGCGGCUAGAUUCCUUCGAUGACCUCGUCAGUUCAGGGCAUGUUUGUGUCCAGCCAAGUUUCCUCAACAGCCACUUGUUCCACAUAGUGGACCGCUGGCAGCCAGAAAGACUUUGGAACUUCCCCAAGAACGGCUUCAAGCUCCGUGCUGCACCUAUUGCUGGUGCAAACAAAUCAAUUUCUACCGUCCAAAAGAGUGCGGAGAGAACGUUACUCGCACAGCCACCGACAAACAAUCACUUCCACAAGCUCGAGAUCCGGAGUUCUGCAUACUGGCAACCGGGUCCUUUCGAUGUCGACCUGACCAUGGACUUGGGAAUGGGCGACGUCGCCAAAAGAAUCGGUUACGUCAACUACCAGACCGCCAUUCAAGCGCCAAACUCACAAGACCCCUUCCGCGGAUAUCUCAAGGCGGCCCGGGACUUCAUGCGGUUCAAAGGCGAGAGCGAAGGCAUCGAUUCAAGCCUGCCGUGGUUUCCCAUAGCGUGA